AUGCCUCACUCGUCGCAAGCUCCGCUCAUCUCGGACCGGCAGGACCGGGAGCGGGACGACAGACGACAUGACGACGAUGAAGAGCUACUCCGCCGGGAUGACUACUACGAUGAUGGCGAUGCCGACGCCGAUGCCGACGCCGACCAGCAUACCCUUCCCCCGCCGAUAAAGACCACAGGCGUGCAGGCCAGCCUGUUCAUCUGGCUGCUGACGUUUGCCGCCGGCAUCAGCGGCCUGCUUUUUGGCUACGACACGGGCGUCAUCUCAGCAACUCUCGUCUCCAUCGACAGCUCCCUCUCGAACCGCGAGCUCACAUCCUUCGACAAAUCCAUCAUCACGUCAAGCACGGCCCUAUUCGCCCUUAUCGUCUCCCCUUUCUCCUCCGUCGUAGCCGACGCCCUCGGUCGCCGCCGCGUCAUUCUCCUCGCCGACUUUCUCUUCGUCCUCGGCGCCCUCCUCCAAGCUGGCGCUCACACGGUCACCUUCAUGGUCUUUGGCCGCGCCGUCGUUGGUGCGGCUGUCGGCGCGGCGAGCUUCGUCGUGCCGCUCUACAUUGCCGAGAUCGCCCCUGCCACCCACCGCGGCCGCCUCGUCACGACCAACGUCCUCUUCAUCACCCUCGGCCAGGUCGUCGCCUACAUCGUCGGAUGGGGGUUCUCCGUCUACGGCGAUAAAGACACUGCCUGGCGCUGGAUGGUCGGACUAGGUGCCGUGCCCGCGGCGGUGCAGAUGGCUGUUGUCAUGUACAUGCCCGAGACGCCACGCUGGCUCGUCAUGGUCGGGCGUUCGGCGCUCGCGAAGCGUGUUGUGCACCGGGUUGCCGGCGGCCGACCCUCUGCCAUGCGUGACGCAGAGGCCGUGGUGCAAGAAAUUGAGAUUGAGAUCCGUUCUGAGCGGGAGGUCAUGCGCCGCGAGGGCUCGCCGCGUCUCGAGUGGUGGGGUGGAUGGCAGGAGCUGCUGACCGUCGGACGCAACAGGCGGGCACUUGCCAUUGCUUGCCUGCUGCAGGGCCUGCAGCAGCUGUGCGGCUUCAACUCCCUCAUGUACUUUUCAGCGACCAUCUUCCGGCUCGUCGGCUUCCAUACGCCGACGUUGACGGCUCUCAGCGUGGCCGUGACGAACUUUGUCUUCACCGUGGCGGCAUUGCUCCUCAUUGACAAGAUUGGCAGACGUCGCAUCAUGCUCUACUCGCUGCCGUUCAUGAUUGCGGGUCUGCUGCUCGCGGCGUACGGCUUCUCGUUCCUCGACCUGGCUCCGUCGACGUCGACAUCGACCGCGGGCGAUGCACCCCCACCGGACGCAGGCGACCCCGGCAGCACCCCUUCCGUACCCGGCGGAGGCGAGGACGAGGGCGCCUCGACGUCCCACGGCGCAGCUCUCAUGAUCCUCGUCAGCAUCAUGAUAUAUGUAGCCGCCUACGCCAUUGGCCUCGGCAACGUGCCCUGGAUGCAGAGCGAGCUCUUUCCGCUGGCCGUGCGGUCCAUCGGCAGCGGUGUCGCGACGUCGACCAACUGGGCGGCCAAUUUCGUCGUCGGCUUAACAUUUUUGCCGCUCAUGGACAUUCUGACGCCGCCAUGGACUUUCACGCUCUACGCCCUACUUUGCACCAUAGGCUAUGCCCUUGUCUGGCGUAUAUAUCCCGAGACGGCAGGGUUGAGUCUUGAAGAGGCGACGGGGCUGUUGGAUAAUGGAUGGGGAGUACGCAGGUGA